UUGUUUGUGCUUUCUGUGAACCAUCCUGUCAACGCAAUUUAUAAUUAUGAUCUAUAACGCAACUCUAAAACUUUCUGUGUUACAGAUCCAAUGACUGGAAUGGACUUAUAGCUUCAUCACAAAAAUGUCAAAGAGACCAUCUUAUGCCCCUCCUCCUCCCCCUGCCCCUACAACUCAAAUGCCCAACACUGCCGGGUUUGUGGGUUACAACCCUUACAGCCACCUGGCCUACAACAAUUACAGACUGGGAGGAAGCCAAAGCAGCAACAGUCGGGUAACGAAUUCUUCUGGAAUAAAUAUCCCAAAGCCACCCAAACCACCUGAUAAGCCAUUGAUGCCAUAUAUGAGAUACAGUCGUAAGGUUUGGGAUCAAGUAAAAGCCUCCAAUCCUGAUCUGAAGCUUUGGGAAAUUGGGAAGAUAAUCGGUGGCAUGUGGAGGGAUCUCACUGAUGAGGAGAAACAGGAUUAUUUGAAUGACUACGAAGCAGAGAAGAUUGAGUAUAACGAGAGCAUGAAGGCCUAUCACAAUUCACCAGCCUACCUGGCCUACGUCAAUGCAAAGAGCAGAGCCGAGGCAGCUCUGGAGGAGGAAAGCCGUCAGAGGCAGUCCAGACUGGACAAGGGCGAGCCUUACAUGAGCAUUCAGCCAGCGGAGGAUCCAGAUGAUUAUGACGACGGCUUUUCUGUAAAGCACUCGGCUGCAUCUCGUUUCCAACGCAACCACCGCCUGAUCAGCGAGAUCCUCAGUGAGAGCGUGGUACCUGAUGUGCGGUCAGUCGUUACCACUGCUCGCAUGCAGGUCCUAAAACGCCAAGUCCAGUCUUUGAUGGUGCACCAGAGAAAGUUGGAGGCUGAGUUGCUUCAGAUUGAAGACCGCCACCAGGACAAGAAAAGAAAAUUCAUAGAAGCCACAGAAUCGUUUACAAAUGAGCUCAAAAGGCUUUGCUGUAUGAAGGUGGAAGUAGACAUGGAGAAGAUUUCUGCAGAGAUCUCUGCAGCGGAAGAGGCAGCCCGCAAACGGGUGUCAGAGCGAGAGAAGGAUCCAGGAGAGCGAGGUGCAAGAGAGGCCUCCACCUGUGUCCUUGCAGAGGAAGAAAAACACAUUUGUGCAACACAUGGCAGCAAGUCCCAGCAAAAUCCUAUCAGCGAAAGUAACAACAAGGAAGGCGAGGACACAGAAUCCAACACCACAGAUGCACAAGAAAAGCCAAAGGCCUCGGAAGACCUUGAGGCUCUUCCAGGUAGUGAGGAGGGGGCCUCAGAGGACAAGGAGAGUGUCCCGGAGGGAGCCAUGGAGGAGGGCACCAGUGACAGUAACACAGGCUCAGAGACCACCUCUGCUCAGACAGAAGACACUCAGACUAGUGAGCCAUCGGAGGGGCCCAGCAAAGCAAGAGCAGCCCACUGAGUCUGACACCUGAUUUUAUCCUCUGAUUACAUUUAUUGCACAGUUCCAUCUCAGUUUGUCAAAGCACACAAGAGGGGUUCAGAUGGGCUAAGUGUUUAACAGUCCAGUGAAAGUUUGAAUACACAGAGAUAUGCCCUGAAUACGAAAAGAUGAAUGUGUAAAGCACUUAAAGCCGCCUGACUAAGUUAUGGUUCUGUCUAAAAUCAAUGGCUGCUACAUGUGCCACUAUAUUUUCUCCACAGGCCUCAUUCCCAUUUAGACGAACCCAUACAAGUCCUUUUCAGCACAUAUUGAUACAUAUCUCCUGCACUGUCUGGCAGAUCCUAGAUCAACUACACAGUUGACCAGACUUUACAGUUCUAUGAAAAAAAAGCUGUCACAUAUCAAAAACAGUGUUAAGUGUUAUAUUUAACGUUGUCUUUUGUAUUGUAGUGUCAUUGUUGGUUCUAUUGCUCUGUUUGCAUGUUGUGAUUUUUUAAAAUACAUAUUUGUGAAGCAGGAGGAGUUUCUUUGUUUACUCUCUGUAUCAGUAUUACAGUGACAGUUUGUCUCAGGAGUUUGUAGUCAUUAGUGCUAGUUUUUUUUGGUUGUUAUUUAUUUGUAGUAUUUUAAUGAUACUUGUGUAUUGGUUGUCCUGGGUCCAGCCCCAGUUCAUCCAUUGGUAAAUCAUUGGUGAUCAUCAAUGCUGUACAAUGCUCGACUUCCAGUGUUCUGAAGUUUGCUAGCUGUCAAUCAAAUCAAAAGCAGUAUGCUUAGAACAUUUCUGUGUUAUGAUCGAUAUUGCAAUUUUUUCAGCUGAAAACUUUUAAAUGUACCGUAAUUGUGUACACUGUGUAACGAGGUUUGCUUAAACAUGGAGUUUCAUGUAAAAAAAAAAAGAAAGAGCUUGAACAACAUAAACAUGCAGUCUUAAAAGGAAUUUCCUUUUUCAUAUUUAUACCAAUAAACUUUUCUACCCUGAAAAAGUU